AUGAAUCUUAUUGGCUUGUUUGUUUACUAUCCGACGGAAAUUGUACAACGAAAAACUUUUCAUGAAACAAGGAAAUGUGUGGAACGGCGAAUUUUAUUGCUACGAGAAAAUAUCAAGCAGGAAGAUAUAUUGUUAUCGGUACUUCCACGACAUAUAGCAAAUGAUGUCCGAAAAGAUCGAGCUGUUGAAGGACAAUCCGCAACAAUGUUUCAUAAAAUUUACAUACGAAAACAUGAUAUCAUCAGCAUACUUUUCGCUGACAUUUGUGGUUUUACCAAUUUGGCAUCAGAAUGUAAUGCGGAUGAAUUGGUACAGUUGCUGAAUAAUCUCUUUGCUCGUUUCGAUCAUUUAGCAUAUCGUAAUCAUUGCAUGAGAAUUAAAAUUCUCGGUGAUUGCUAUUAUUGCGUUUCCGGUUUACCGGACUAUCAACCAAAUCAUGCGCAAUGUGCAGUUGAAAUGGGAUUAGAAAUGAUUGAAGUGAUUAAAUUGGUACGAGAAGUGACCGGUGUUAAUGUGAACAUGCGAGUUGGUAUUCAUACCGGUCGAGCUCAUUGCGGUGUACUUGGCCUGAAAAAAUGGCAAUUUGACGUAUGGAGUGAUGAUGUUACUUUAGCAAAUCAUAUGGAAAGUGGUGGACUACCUGGACGUAUUCAUAUAACCGAUGCAACAUUGAAAUGUUUGGGUGAUAUUUAUCAAGUUGAGGAUGGUCACGGUGAACAACGUUCAAAAUAUUUGGCUGAACAUAAAGUUAAAACAUAUUUCAUUGUUGAUAAUGAUAGCAAGCAUACAGAGAUAGCAUUGCAUAGAGAUAUGCCACUUGGUGAGAAAGGCCUUCGAGUGACAGGCUAUAGUCAUGAAAAUGCGCAAGUGAGACAUUGGGAAAAUGCAAGUUUUAGGCGAUCAAUGUCACAUCAUGAACAACAACAGCAGCAACAACAACAACAACAUCAGCAACUACAACGCCAACAAUCUGUAGAUGUUGAAGUUGCAAAUUAUUUAAUGCAAGGUAUUCGAGCGAUCAGUAAGGAUGCCUGGAAAAAUAUGUAUUGCAAAACGGUUACAUUAAAAUUUCGGCGUAGAAAAAUGGAAACUAAGAUAAAUUAA